CUCACCGAGGAGCUCAAACCGUCAGCUCCACUCACAGAAACACAGACAGACACAGAGACAGAAACACAGGUGUAAUGGAAGAACUUAUUCCCACCUGUGCGUCUCUAUUUUAGCUUCUUUCUGUGUCUUUAAAACACUUUUAACUUAGAAAGUUUUGUUUAAGUCAACUCCUCGGUUUUGCAAUUAUGGAUCGCCUGGAUGAUUGGAGCUUCAAGACCAAAAAAAUGGACCUGGAGGAGGAUUUCUUCUUCGACUACGAGUCGGAGGAAAUGACUGAUUAUCAAGACCCCAAUGAACUUGUGACUGCAUUGAAACAAAAGGAGGAAGAGGUUAUUUUGGCAGCCCAGCUGGGAAACGCAUUGCUUCUGGAAAACCGUGAGUUGAAAGAGCGGAGCGACAAACUUCAUGAACAAUACGCAGACAAUCUGGAGGCGCUGGAGCAGGGCAGGCAUGAGCUGCGGCAGAAGCUGGAGGGCUGCCAGUCCCAGUGGGAGAGCCAGGUGGGCGAGCUGGAGAGGGAUGUGAGGGAGCUGAGCGGCCAGGUGGAGCAGCUGACCCGGACCCUCAGCGAGGCCGAGAGGGACAAGAGCCGAGCCGAGCUGGAGCACAGCGAGCACACACAGAGACUCAGAGAUCAGCUCAACACUGCGAUGGCGGUGGAGAGAGCCAUGUCCGGCGAGCUGCAAGCUCUGAAACAGGAGCUCCAACAAAAAGGAAGCAACAACAGGCCGCAGGACGAGGAGCUGAUCAGUGCCAUGAGGGAGCAGGUGCUGCGUCUCACCCAGAAGGAGCAGGUGCUGGAGGAGCGAAUAGAGAGUGUGUGUCAAGAAAACGCAGAUCUGAGGGCGAGUUUGGCCUCUUUACAAACACGCCUGGCUCUGCACGACCAACUCAAACAGCAGCACAGCCAGCAGCUCUCCGAGGCGUGGCAGGAGGUGGAGGCGGCGCAGGGUCGCUCACAGCAGCUGCAGGCCCAGGUGGAGGAGCUGCAGGAGGAGGUGUCCCUGCAGGAAGGCAGGAGCCACGGAGAAACCUCCCUGCUGUCCGAGCUGGAGAGCAGCCUAGAGACGGCCGCGCUGGGAGUCAGCAGAGAAGAGAUAACGCAAGAAAUGGGGUCCAUCCUUCAGUUACUGCUCCCACUGACCCAGCACCUGAACAGCUCGGGGGGGUCAGAGGUCGUGGGUCAGCAGGAGGAUCUGAAGGCCAUGCUGCUCCAGCUGAAGGGAGCGGCCCAAACCCUCACACAGGCAUCCAGCACACAGGAGCUGAAUCAAGCUUUUGUCGUGAGGACGGGCGAUCAGUGUGGGAAUCCGAGCGCAGCGGAGGAGCUGAGAGAUCAGAACGUCCAGCUGCAGCAGGAGAACUCUGAGCUGAGGCAGAGGCUGCAGAGCGGGCAGGAGCAGACUGAAUUUGUCCAUCAGGCCAUCAAAGACCGAGAUGAAGCCAUAGCCAGGAAAAACCUGAUGGAGGCAGAGUUGAUCAGAAGUAAAAAUGACAUGAUGUCUCUGAACAACCAGUUAUUAGAGGCCAUCCAACGUAAACUGGAGCUGUCGCAGGAGCUGGAGGCCUGGCAGGACGACAUCCAGAUCAUCAUCAACCAGCAGCUUAAGUCCCAGCACCAGUUGGAGCUUCCUCAGAAGAAGUCCACCUCCAAUGGCAUGUCCUUCUUCCGCAGGCCCAGCCGGACAACCAACGCCUGGAGUUCAGACGCUAAUCAGGGCAAAACACAAACCCCCUGGAGAGACUGGUUAAGACGAGGAAAAGGGGCAAAUAAUGGACAGUGAGCAACACUUACUCCCUGAAGACAAAGGAGAGGAUGCACAAGGAGGACAGGACAGAGGGAGGUGUAGCUUCAAGUUCAUCUUGUGUGGUGAAAAGAAGCCAUAAAGACACUUUUAAUUUAGUGAUGAACAGCAGAGCCACAUCGGACAAAGACUUGCCAGAUAGGCACUUACUUACACAUUUCAAUGAGAGGCUGAGCCUUCGUAUAAAUCUAAACUGUGACAACCUGGAACACUAAUAUGUUUCUUUCCCUUACGAAUUACUUUAGGAGGUUUGCCUGGACUGUAAAUAUUGUGCCUUUUUUGUAUUAUUGUAAUGAUCCCUAUGUCUGAGACUUUAUAUGGUAUACAUGCAAAGUGUAGAUCACUGAGAGUAUUUGUUCAGAUUAUUUAAAAUCACUGAUCAAAGAGAGAAAAAAGUCAAGAAAUAAAAACGAACAAACAAUGAAUUUACAAUGGUGCUGACUUGUGUCUUUACAUAGCAAGUUUGAUGUGAGAAGUUCCUUUUUUACUGUCAGAUGUGCUCUAAAGCUCAAUAUGUCAAACAAUUUAAUUAUGUAGGAAACACUGUAUGUUUUCAUGUACACUGAGUUAGCUGUUGUUUUUUUGUUUUGUUUCUGUUCUAUGAAUGAUUACUUGUUGUGGUAUGAAUCUGUGUGCAGCAAACACAAGUAUGAUGAUUCUGUUUUUCAGUGUUCAAUAUUAAAGCUGCUCAGUACAGGCUGGGUUGUUUCAUACAUGUAAACCGUCUUGACUCGCCACAUAUGUAAUAAUGGCCGGAUUACUACAUAAAACAUAAAAUAAUCUUU